AUGAAAAGAGCAACUGAUGGGAACUAUUAUGAAAAUGAAUACAUUGCUAAUUAGGAGGAUAAAUUACUUGAGAAGAUGAGAAAGAAACAGGAACGAGAAUUGGAGCAAUUAAAAUUAUAUGAGUAAUAGUAAAAAGAAUAGGAAAGAAGAAAAGUCACUCUCUUAGAAUCCACUCGUUCAAAAUAACAAUAAGUAGAGUUGGCCUUGAAGGAGAAGAGAUAAAUGAUAGAAUUGAAGAGAAAAGAAAAAGAGAAGGAAAAAUUGCUUUAAGUGUAAAAGAUGGAAUAAGAAAAACUUAAAGAAUUGACGGAAAGGGAAAUCAGCAGAGAUUUUGUUAUAUAAGAAUUACAUAGCAAUAAACAUAGUUAAUAAGGAGUAAUUCUAGAUAAGAUUAAACCAUCUAUUGUAAAAAAAAUAGCUGAAGGAAUAAUAAAUACAUAAUAAGAGGAAAUAUUAAUAAAGAAAAUUGAGUUGGACAAAUUAAAGAAGGAAUAAGAGGAAUAGAUAUAAGAUUUGAGAGAGAGAAAGGAAUUGUUGUUGAAAGAAUUGAAGUAAGCAAAAAGAAAACAAUUAAAAAAAGUGAAACAAAGAAAUGAAGCAGAAUAUUAAGCAUAAUAUGAAGAGAAGAAACAAAAAAUAGAGUAAUAUAAGAAAAAGUUAGAUGAUAUUGAACUGAAUUAAUAAGUUAAAAUUGAAUUGAUUGAAUAAAAAAAAAGGGAGAAGAUGGAGAAAUUAAAAAAAGAAAAUCAAAAAAAAAUAAUGGAAGAAAAGAAAGAAAAAGAUAAAUAAAAACUUUCACAUUUAGAUGAAAAGAUUAAUUAGAUUUCUGAAAGAAUGAAAUCCACGGAAGAUAAAAUGGAGAAAAUAGAAAAAGAAAAGGCAAGACAUAGAUAAAAUAUUAAAUCUAGAAAUGGCAGUAUUCAAAAUAAUAAAUCAUAAACAUAUAAAGAUAAGAUUAAAUAAAAGGAACAAGAGCAUUUAAAAUCAAUUACAGAAACUUAUUUAAUUUCUAAACUCAAAUAGUAAUAAGAAAAACUAAAAAAAGAAGAACUCAUUAGGGAUCACAAAAAGAAGGCUGCGAAAAUAUUAUAAGAGAUGGUAGAAAUUAAGGAUAAAAAGUUAAAAGAGAAAUUAGAAAAAGCAUAAUAAUUUAAGGAUGAAAAAGAAUAAUUGUUUGUGCAAUAUCAACAACUAGCUAAAGAAAUUGAAAAAAGGAAAAACAAGCUACUUUUUAGCAGUCCUAAACAUAAUAUUGUAGAAGAUAAAUGA